AUGUCGUCGACGGCGGUUUCGACUCCCCCGUCCCAAUCGUGGGGCCCGCGGUUGGGCUCGCCGUUGGGGUCGAUUCGUCUUCCCGAUCGAGUGGACGGGUCCGGCGAACCCCGCGCGCCUCCUCGCACCGCGAGGUCGGCGAACUGGUCCACCAUCAUGUACGAAUCGUCCUCCUCCAUCUCCCUGGCUUUGCGCCGGGACACGCCGCUGAGCGCGGGUCGCGCCGGGGAUUCGUCGUCGAAGUCCGCGGCGAUGCCACCCGGGCGCUGCCGGGGCGGCGGGGACAUCGCGCCCGUCGCCUGCCGCCGCCCCUCGAGCCGCGGCGGUGCGUCGUCGUUUUCGUCCUCGUCGAAGAAUCCGCCUCGGGUCGAUCCGCGCGGGUCGGGUCGUCGCCCCGUCUGCCCGCCGCGUCCUCCCCCGCCGCCGCCCUCGUCGCCCCAUCCUCCCGCGGCGUCGAGCCCGCGACUCGGCGGGGCGGCGCCCUCGUCGUCGGUGUCCUCGUCGAAGUCGUCCGCGAUGGAGCCCACCUGGGCUUUCCGCGGGGUCCCGCCCCUGGACUUUGCGCGCGGCGAACGGUCCUCGGGGGUGCCCGGCGAGUCCCCGCCGAGGAGGUCGGGGUCGAGGUAA